AUGUCACCUUCUCCCGCAUACCCUGGUGCAUCAGAUCCCUUCUACCCCGUCCUCCCAGCCAUGACCGUUUCCCCGACUUCAGACGUCAACUCCGCUGCAUCGACGUUUGCCAUCCCGACUGUAUACACCGACCUCGACCUCGGAUCUGAGAUCCGCAUCAACCCUGACAACCUCCCUCCGCAAAUUCGCGCCGCUCUCGACUCUGAUGACACGUCCGACUUGUCACCCAGUGUAGUCGAGCAGAUUCUUAAGUGUGCGGAACCUCAGAUACCCGAGGAUAAGAUGCUCGUAAUCACGAGACGCGUCGAGGAAGCUGAGCGCGCGGUCAAGUGGGAGCAGGACGCGAAAGCCUUCCUUAACAUGUCAUGGCCAUGA